UCGACCGUGCUUCUAUAAAAUGUUUAACGACAAUCAAACGAUCGUGAAAAAAGUUUCGGUGUUGGUGACCCAAAUUUAACGAAAUACGUUCUGUCGUGCGAGAGUGAAAAAAUGUGGCCGACCAGGUUCCCCGGUAAUUUGUUGCACGUACUGGUCGUACUUCAGGUGUGCAGUGCGCUCAGCAUCUUGGAGUUCAUCGUCGGACCGAAAUUGGGCGGCCAAAGGAUAUCGGCCAAGAGUUUCGACGUGCCGCCAGCGCAAUUAUUGGUGGAAGCUCAAGGAUACACCUUCGAAAACCACGAAGUGACUUCGGAAAGUGGUCACAUUUUAACUCUACACCGAAUACCACACGCCAAAGAAAAAACUGGAAGAAGUUCCCAAAGACCGAUAGCAUUGUUCCAGCACGGGCUCCUGGCUGCGUCUGAUUCCUGGUUGUUCCGAGGCGGUGGAAAGGAUAUGCCUUACAUAUUGGCCAAAGCUGGAUACGAUGUUUGGUUAAGCAACAUGAGGGGGAACGUGUACUCCAAUAAACACCAAACUCUAGACUCACAAAGAGACGAAGAAUAUUGGAAUUUUGGAUUAGAGGAAGUAGCUAAAUACGACUUGCCAGCAAUUAUAGACUACAUACUGGAUGUGGCGAACCAACAGAGUCUCUUCUUCUUGGGCCACUCGAUCGGUUCAACCGUUGGACUGAUAAUGUGCGCCCUCAAACCCGAAUACAAUAGCAAGAUAAGAGCUCACCUCGCACUGGCGCCACUUGUGUAUGUAACUCAUCCAAUUUCCUUUACCCAUAAAUUGCUUUUGUCGCCAGUGAAGUAUUUGAGUGAGAUGCUGAUGCAAGAAAACAUUUACGGGGUGCUCCCUAGGCGAAAAUACUUUUCCCAAAUAUUGGAGUUCUUCUGCAAGGAUGGCAUGCCAACUCAAGCGUUGUGUGUUGGUGCCAUUUUUAUGAUGGUAGGAGACGAUCACGCUCAAUUUAACACCACGAGCCUUCCAUCAAUUUUAUCCUAUUACCCGUCGGGUACGUCGCUGUAUUUAGCAAUGCAUACCAUGCAAUUGUACACGACAGGUAAAUUCGAAUCCCUCAAUUAUGGUAAUUUUACCUUGAAUAAAGAAAAAUACAACAGCACAACACCACAAAGUUACAACAUAUCUCAGGUGACCCAUCCAGUGUUACUGUUAUAUGGAACAGGAGAUAAUUUUGUGAAGCAAGAAGACAUUUCCUACUUAGCCAAAAAGCUUCCCAAUGCAGUGGAAGUCCAAGUGCCGUACAAAAAUUUCAAUCACAUGGAUUUCAUGUGGGGAAUUGAUGCCAAUAAACUACUGUAUGAGCGAUUGCUCAUACUAAUGAACAAAUAUAGAUAACACUUAAUUUUGUAAAUUAAUUUGUAUAUAUAGCAUAGGUAUUUAUUAAGUUAUUUGAUAGCUUUAAAUCGGAUUUGUAUUAUCUCUUUUAGUGACUAGUGUGACUUGAGA